AUGGCGGCAACCGCAUCAAUCGGAGGAUCAGACUCCAACAUCGCUCUCAACCCGCCGUUACAGCCAGACGAGCAUUCGCCUUCACCUGCUCCCCCUCACGACCCUGCACACGAAGAACACCAGUAUCUCAAUCUCAUCCGCACCAUUAUCAGUACAGGCGAACAUCGCCCUGACCGCACCGGCACGGGAACUCGUUCCAUCUUUGCGCCGCCACAGCUUCGCUUCGCUCUCUCCAAGCCGUCGUCUGACCCGUCCAACCCAGAUCCCAUCCCAGUCCUGCCCCUCCUCACCACCAAGCGCGUCUUCCUACGUGCCGUCAUCGCCGAGCUGCUCUGGUUCGUGUCAGGGUGCACUUCCUCGCUUCCCCUAAGCGAAGCUGGGAUAAAGAUAUGGGAUGGGAACGGGAGCCGGGAGUUUCUCGACAGUGUCGGCCUGUCCCAUCGUGAAGUUGGUGACUUAGGGCCCGUAUAUGGCUUCCAAUGGCGCCAUUUUGGGGCCGAGUAUGUCGAUGCAAAGACAGAUUAUGCCGGAAAGGGCGUCGACCAGGUUGCUGAAGUCGUUAGGAAGCUAAAGGAGUCGCCUUACGACAGGCGUAUAAUCCUAAGUGCAUGGAAUCCGGCGGACCUGAAGAAGAUGGCUCUGCCGCCGUGCCACAUGUUCGCGCAGUUCUACGUGUCGUUCCCACCCCAGCAGGAAGGGGAUAAAAAGGGGAAAGGCACGCUGUCUUGCGUGCUAUACCAGAGGUCGUGUGAUAUGGGACUGGGUGUGCCCUUUAAUAUCGCGUCAUACGCACUGUUGACGCAUAUGUUUGCUCACGCCGCAGAUUUACACCCCGGCACCCUGAUACAUACUAUGGGUGAUGCACAUGUGUAUCUUGACCAUAUUGAAGCACUACAGGAGCAACUUACCAGGGAGCCAACUGAUUUUCCUACAUUGAAAAUCCAUCGUACCGACCGGGGUUCUGGUGAGAUGGACGGUUGGAAGGACUCUGAUUUUGAAGUAUUGGAUUAUAAACCUCAUAAGCUGAUUAAGAUGAAGAUGAGCGUAUGA